GCCCGGCGGGUCGCUCCCUGCGUGUCCAGCGGGCGCCGGGAGAUCUGGCCGGCUCCGACCCUGCCUGGUUAAAAAUUAAGGAGGUUCCCGUAAAUCAGCCGGGACACGGCCGGUAACGCGGGGGCAGCCGUGGGGGGCGGGCAGCGGGGUGCGGAGGCAGCCGGGAUGCGGUCCCGCGUCCCGUUUUGCUCCCGUCAGCCCCCCGUCCGCGCGGGGCUCCGGCUUUCUGUCACCCUCCGCCCCUGGGAGCCCCGCGGUGGCGGGGGUCGCCGGCCGCCCCAGGCCCAUCUGUCCCCACCCACCCGUGCCGGGGGCGCGGCCGCAGAACCUCGUCCCGCCCGCCCAGAGGCGUGACCAUCCCCGGCACCGGGCACUGAGCACCAUGGCCGGGCGGAUCGCCAAGGAGCUGGAGGAGGUGCGGAGCUGGAAGGGGGCCCGCGACGUGGGGCCGCUGGACGGGAACGUGCGGCGCUGGGGAGGGCUCCUGCUGCCCAACAACCCCCCAUACAACAUGGGCGCCUUCCGCUUCGAGCUGACCUUCUCCCCCCACCACCCGCUGGAGCCCCCCUGCGCCACCCUCCGCACCCCCAUCUACCACCCCAGCGUGGACCUCGAGGGCCGCGUCUGCCAGCCCCUCACCACCCACGGGCACUGGGAGCCCACCACCCGCGCCAUCCAAGUGCUGCAGGACCUGCUGCUGCAGCUGGACUGCCCAGACCCGCGGCGGCUGCUGCGGCCGGACGUGGCCCGGGAGCUGCAGGAGCGCCCCGAGGAGUUCCGGCGCCGGGCAGAGGAGCACACCCGGCUGCACGCCGAGCCGCGCCCCGACCCCCACGCAUAAGGCAAUAAAUU